CGGAUCGUUGCUGCCGUGUUCUGAUGCUCUGAAAUCUCUGGUGAAUUUAUUUGGCACACGCCACAGUGAAAGCCAUCUCUCUCAUAUAAAGUGAAUCAUAUUCCUCUUGGCUGGUACAAUUCUUUUUGUUCUUCAGGAUUUUUUCUUGUUCUCUUUAAAGAAAAUUCUGUGUUCUCAAGUAUUACAAUCAAUCUCAGUCAGUAGUUUACGGUGGUUUUAUACAAGUUUUCGGAAGAAAAAAAGAAUGAAAGAUUUUCUUCUUUAUUCCUCUCAUUAUUCUCAAUCACGCACAAGAAUCACAGACCCAUAAGAAGUGUAAAGGAUAGCAUUUUGCAGAAGUUGCUGAAGUAUUUGGUGAACAAAAAAAAAGAGGGAGAGUGACUGCAAAGAGGAUACAGAGAGACAAAUUUUCACAUUAUCCUGGUCGAGGGUAAAAAAAAGAGUGUAGACAAAAAGUGAGUUUAACAGAGGGCACAGAGAAUCUAUUUUGUACUGUAUGUAGUUUGUAGAGGGAAAACCAGCAGCAUGAAGAGAGAGUCUACGUGUACAUAUUAAUUUGUCAAACCAAAAGGAAGUGGUUAAGUGCGACAGAAGGAAGAACAGUGAUAUACAUAUUGUUCGUUCUAUUCAGCUUUAGAAUUUGUGUGAAAAGCUUUCCAUUUUCCAUACAAAACACACGCAGGAUACAGGAUUAGUUCGACAUGUUGACAUUGAAUGGAAAAUUCUUGUAUUUUCCUCAAGACAAAUGAGAUAUAUACAAAAUGUUUAGAUGGGGGGAAUGAAAAGAAGGGAAUUGAGGGAAGAAAGAAAGGAAAAAAGCGACAGACGCCCAAGUCUAGACAAGAAGGAGUAGUUUUCAUUUCAUUGCAAAUACCAUCGUCGUUUCUUUCACAAGUCUCGUAUUUUAUGUAAUAGUUUGAGUGAAAAAUUACCAGACGCCCUUUAAUUCUUAUUAAUCAUCAACUUAUUGAACUUCUUUUCCACUUUGGAAACUACAUGAUGUAGUAACUUAUAAGCACAUUAUUAUCCUCAAUUGGAUUUAUUUUACUUUCUCUCUUCUUUUGCUAAAACUUCCUCUUGUACCCAAUGUCUCGCAUAAGUGAGGCGGGUAAAAUACAAUGAGUCUUCAAUAGGAUAGAUAAAUGAAUAAUCAUAAAAUUAUGUCGUAAAUUUAUAUGGGAACAAAUGAAAUAAAAUAAUUUAAAGGAAGAAGAAAUAUCUCACAUCUCAUUCCAUCGAGCAAUCAUUCCUUCAAUUUUCAUUUGAAUGCAAUAAAAUUGCUAAGAAAGAAAAAUUCUCUUAAAUACUUCAUGCACGCAAAUUCCUUAUCAUAGACGUUACGGAAAAACCACACAACUUUUCCCCUGCCAACAUAUUUAAGUACGUAGUCAAGUUAAAUGGAAGAAACUUUGUAAAUCAUUCAACUUGUACACCUCGUUGUUAAAUUGCAUGAGUCCAAUUAAUUGUAUACGGAGUUAGAAUGAAAGUAUAGUGGAAUUUUGUUGAGAAAUGAAGAAACAUCAUUUAACAUGAUAGUAAAAAUCCAUAUUUCAAGCACACAGUGUGACUGAGCUCUUCAUUAAUAUCAAACGCAAAAAAAAAAACAUAAACAUGUAUACAUAACACAUGCAGAACGUGUGGCUUUCAUCAAAAUCUGAUAAGACAGCAAAUCAUAUUUCAUCUUUCCCUCAUUAACCACCACCUCCUCCUUAAACUACCUCGCCCAUCAACCCCUCAAAGUGAAUAUAUAUCAUCACUCUUGGAUGGUAUUUGCACCAGAGUGCCCUCAUUAAUCACGGACUGCAUAUGGAAAUAUUUUUUUACGAGAUACAAACUACACCACAAUUUGUGCCCCAAGAUUGUGGCUAAUUUUGCACAGGUGCUGUUAGGGAAGGUAUUCUGCAGUAAACAUAAAUUUAAACUCUCUGUACAUUUAGAAUUUUGUCCUAAAAGCUCCCAAAAGCUCUCUUGAAAUUAGAAAAUUUAUUGAAAUUAUCAAUAAUUUAGCACUAACCAGUGUCUAAAAUUCUAUAAAGAAGUAAUUUAAUAGUACAAAGAACAUAAAAUUAACCAUUUUCUUUAUUUCCACGUCAGUUAUUUUGGGACAUGGUGUAGUUAAUUCAUCGUGGAAGCUUUAGAGUGCAACGGUAGAUGCAAGAAUUUAUAUUUCAUUCAUUUGGAGAAGCCGCAAAAGUGGAGAAGAGAAAACCAUUAAUUACAACCUAAACAAUUAACACGUGAUACUCUCUCAGAGCGAUAUUAUUUCCCCAUCAUCAAAUUUCUAAUUGACUCUCAAAUACAAUCCACCCACGCGGAAAUGUUCAUUUAAAAACUUCGACAAAAGACACCAAUUUUCUUUGCCAUACAUUUUCAAUUUGAAAUUGAAUAAAAAUUCCUUUUCAUCGUGUCUCUCUGUGUGGGGAUAAUUUGAAAAGUUGAGGAAAAAAAUGUACAUACAUACAAUUUGAGAAGUAGGUAUGUUUACAUGACACCAAAAGACAUUCGUGUAAUAGCAUAUAUAACGAGUUAUCUUUCACAUAGCAUUUUGUAUUACAUAUUAUUCUUCUCACAAACUUCCCUCUGUGUAGUCACAUAAAUUUAAUUUUUCAUCAAUAGAAAAUGAAAAAGAAGACUGAGAAGAAAUUGUGACAAUUUUUAUCUAUUCCACCCUCUUUUCGUUCUCAAUCUCGCUUUAUAUUUCUCUGUGUGUAAAGAAAUAUUGUAAUUUAAUGUUUAUUCUUUUGGUAGUCUUCACAAGAAAAGAUCUCCGUGAAUUAAUUUCAUGAAUGCUAAUCUAGAAAAAUAUUUUUAUUCAAUUUAUAAUAAAUUUAUGCGCAUAAAAGUCGAUUUAAUGCGAAUUAGAACUUCUUUUUUAUUAAAAGAAAACUUUCUUUAAGAAAUUAUAACUUUCUAUUGUUGAUAAAAAAAUGCAAAGACUAAAGUUUUUUUUACCGAGUUAUUGAAAAACUUUAAAAACCGCAAAUUUUCUUGCUUUGCGAAGCAUUAAAAUAAUUAUUAUUGUAUGCCAAAGUUAAAUUUCAUUGAAUCUCUUUCCAUUUUCUGUAGAGACAAUCUAAAAUUGUCAAUCUGGUAUCUUUUCAAUCUCAUUUAAAAUUGACUACACGGUUAUGAACGACACGAGUUUGUCAUUUUAUGCACCAAAGAGGGUGAUUUUUGAAUAUACCUACGAAGAAGUUGAAUAAAAAAUGCUGUAGACACGAAAAUAAUUUGAAUUUGUUCAUCUGUAACGCAAAAUUAAUCAAUCUACGGUCGAUUUGAUCUUCUAUUUUUAUGUGUCCACAGCACAUAAAAUUAUAUUGUAAUAACAACAAUAUUGCCGCUGCUUAACCAUAAGAGUGGAACAAACACGAUGAGAGACACUCCACACCCACCCAGGAGGCGUCGUCGUCAUCAGGGGACGUCGACGUCGUCGUAUGGUAUAGAGAGUGUGUGUUGUACCCCCAAAAAAUACAUACUAUACAACUUUUAUAACAUUCUAAAUGCUGUCGUAUAUGUAUGUAAUGGCGAAAAAAAGGGGGACCUUCUACAAUAUAUUCUUGUGUUGUUUCAAUUCACCUUCAUUCAUACCAACCAUCUCUAUCUCACUUACACACCACACUCCCAUAAAUGCUUAAAUUGCCAUCAUUGUGAGCCACCCAUCUUCAGUUCACUACCUCCAUUCUCACAAAGUGGAACAUAUUUUUCUGGAUCUUCCGCAAAAAACAUUUGGAAUAUAAAUAAUAAAGAAAUUGGAGAAGAAAAAAUACGUAAAAAAUAUCAAAUAGACGAAAUCAUUAAGAGAUUUUCCUCCCACGAACAGGUCUAGAAGCGAGUGAAGAUGUCAGACACGGAGGAAGAUUCCGCAAGUUCCGACAGUUGGCCCGUGAAUGAAGAUUGGUUGAUUGAUAUCAUCAAGGAGCACCAUAAAACAGCAUCCAAUGUCAAAAUAACCGAUUUUUCCGUGAAACCCGGCUCACAUGAUGGUGUCAGCAAUUUGAGUGACAUCCUAGCCGUAUCGGUGGAUUAUGACAUUGAAAAUGAGACAGAGGAUGGUGCCCGUUUGGAAAUAAUCAUCAAAUUACUGCCUCACGACCCAUUCAGUCGAUACUUUGUGACAGAAGCACAAUUUGAUUUGCGUGAAAUUAAGUUCUACACGAAAAUAUUGCCUGAUUUGUUGGAGUUCCAGAAGAAUAACUUAUCCCCCGGAGAGACACCCUUGAGAAUAAGCGUCCCAAAGUGUCUCCAUACACACUACGUAGCUGGAAGUUUUCACACAACUGAGCAACACGAUGAGGAGAAUAGUCCUGAACCACCAGAGAGUAUAUUAGUUCUACAAGAUAUGAGACCUUUUGGCUACAAGUCGGCUCACUUUAUCAAAGGAUUAACACUUGAGGAGGCUGAAAGUGCUAUUAGAGCCAUUGCAGCCGUACACGCCUUAUCGUUGGGAAUGAAGACAAAGCACAAAAUAGAUCUCAAUGAGAAGUAUCCGUUCCUCUUUCAAACCGCCCGCGCUACUGAUAGUUACCAGCAGCUUGUUGAACAAGGAUUGCCACAGCUGACACGUUUCCUCGAACGGCAACCUGGGCAUCAGAAGGAAAUGCAAGCCUUAACGGAUAUACGUCCCAAAACACGAACACUCAUUGCCAAUCUCCUCCAGCCAGUUGAACCAAUGGGUCUCAUCACACACACUGACUUUUGGUGCAACAAUCUCCUCUUCAGGGAGUCCAUUCAACCAGAAAGUGACGACAACUGUGUUGUACUCGAUUGGCAGAUGGUCACGUACAGUCGCCCUACAAAUGACAUUGCACUCCUACUCAUCUCAUCACUUCCGUCCAAAAUACGACGAGAGUAUACGUCGAAGCUGUUGGACUUGUACUACAACACAAUGAAGAUAAAUUGUGCAAAAUUCUCAAUUGAUCUGGAAAUUGAUUUGCAAUAUGAUCGUGAGAAAUUGCAAAGAGAUUACAAGAAAUCUCAACUAUUAGCUCUACUACUGUGCGUGGGUUCAGUCGAUGUGGCAAUUGGCAAUGUAGAAGCUGAACAGCGUCUAUUGGAUGUUCUUCAGGAUUUCUUUGCCGAAGGCAUAUUAACGUCAGAAGCAGAAUUCAUUUAAAAUCAUCAUUUACCCCCAAUGAAAAGCACAAGAUUUUGUCGUUUAUCAAGUCAUCAACAUCCUCUCAAUAUAUCCCCACUCCCCCAUCCAGACAAACAUUUAGUUUAAUGAAGUGAAUCAAAGGAUAAAUUGCGAAAAUUUUGCGAAAAACCAAUGAAUUAUUUAAAUUAAAUUAAUUUCUCUUCUUCCAAAAAACUAAUUUUAGUUCUUUUUUUUCUUCCUGUCCCACACAAUACGGUACAAUUAUUUUAAAUCUCCGUAAGAAGUAUAAAAUGUGAGAUUUAUAGAGCAAAGACGAAGGCAUUUUAUGGGAAUCUCCAAAAAUAAAUUUAAUAAUCAAUUAUAAAUGUAAUAGCAAUUCGUAAUUGUAUCACAAAUGGUAGGUUUAAUUAGAGGACAAAUAAUUAAUUAGAUAAUUUAUCCAAAAAGUAAUGUAUUAUGAGAAUUUUAUUAUUAUUUUUUUCAACAAAAAAAAAAAUCAAGUAACAUUACUUCCAAAGUAAAUUCAAACUUUGUAAUAUCGCAAUAACAUUAGUAUUGAAAGAGAUUUCAACACAACAGAUACCCUGAGGAAAAAUAUUGCAAAGCUCAUUGAAGUACAUAAUACGUAUAAAUUAUAUAUUUGAGAUUAUGCUAUUAAAAAAAAACUUUUGGGAAUGUAUAGAAAAGCCCUCUAAUUGUGCAGAGCUUAAGAAAAAAAUUAUGCAGUUAAAAUCGACAAAAAAAAUCUUAUUCUAUAUUUAUAUUUGCAAUAAUCUGUCUCAAAAAUAUAUUAUAAAAAUAAAAUAGCAGUUUUUCCUAGAUAAAAUGAA